UUUAUAUUCUAAAUAUUAUUGUGGAUAUGCAUAAUCGACUAAUUAGUUGGUUAAGGAUUAGGAUGAAACUGUAACUAAACUUUAGAUGAGGCAUAAUAUUUUGAAUAUUUUGAUGCUAAUCUUUAAAGCAUACUUAUCUUUAUUUACUAUAAAUUUCGAGAACACAUCUAAGUCAUCCACAACAGAGUUAAAUAUAAUUAUUCUACUGGUGGCAAGCGUGAGAGAGUAUGCAUGCGGUAGUAAAACACAGUACAUGAUUGGAUAGAUUUUGGUGCAAUAUACAAGGUGUAGCAUAUUAUUAAGGAAGGUGCGACGAGAAAGUUACAUACUGGUAAUUCUUGGUAAAUGGUGGAGGUUUGAUUCAAAUCUUCAUACCCAAAUAUAUUUGUUACACUUAUAAAAUUAUAUUAAUUGUGUUGAAUUUAUUUCAGGUUCAUAAUUAGUAUACUAAUUAUACGCUGUGCUGCAUUCAUCAUUUUGAGAGCAUUCUAUUUCGAUUCAUAAGGAGGAGUAGCUUCAGUUUUGAUCACAACUAAAUUAGUGUUGUUAUAUCAGGAUGCCGCCUAGAAGAGAUACCUCGAGAAAUAAUGCAGGAGGAUAACAGAUCGUGAUGGACAGGGAAACUUUCUUGGACAUGGUUAGGGAGGUAGCUAAUCAGCAAAGGCAGAAUCCUCCUGGUAAUGUGCCCAAUCAGGAAGGCCAGACUAUGUUUGACCGUUUUAUGAAGCAGCGGCCCAAUGUUUUUAAGGAAGCUAAACACCCUAUGGAUGCUGAGGCUUGGAUUGAUCACAUGGAGAAAAUAUUUCGGGUCCUAAAUUGUUCUGAGGAGGAGAAAGCUCGUUUUGGUAUCUACCGUCUUGAGGGGGAUGCUAGUACUUGGUGGAAGUCAGUGGUGGCUUCUCAUGCAGCUGGGUAUGAGGACACUCUCACCUGGAAUGUGUUCAAGGCACAUUUUGAUCAGAGAUAUUUUCCUGCUAGUGUUCGGGAGGAGUAUGCUCGUGAGUACCAGAAUAUUGCUCAGAAGGAGGAUGAGUCUGUGGCAGAUUUCCAGAUUCGAUUUCAGAGGUUGGCUAAUUAUGCUCGGUCUAUUGCUGGGAACGAUGCUGAUAAAAUUAUGAAGUUCAAGUGGGCUCUAAAGACUUCAAUCCGGAAUCAUAUUAUCGCCAACCGCUACACCACUAUGGACAGCUUAGUUGAUAGUGCCAGGGACCAGGAGCUUCAUCAGGCUGAUUUUCGUAAACAAAAGGACAUGCAGGGUCAGAAGAGGAAGAGAGAUGAUGAUCCGCCCAAAUUCCAGAAUAAUGGUGGAUCUUCGGGCGGAUUUAGACAGAACAAUCAGAGGUACAACACCCGCAGCUUUCAGCAGAAAAAUGGGAAUCAGGGGAAUCAGCAAAACAGGUCAGGCAAUCAAUCUGGGAGUCAGUCAGGCGGUCAAACUGGUCCGAAUGGAGGAAGGUCUGCUUGUGCACACUGUGGGAAAAUGCACAGUGGUGUUUGUCACUGGAUUUCCAGAGCAUGUUUCAAUUGUGGCCGUCAAGGCCAUACUAUCAAGGACUGCAAGGCACCAUUAAAGAAGUCUGGGGACCAGAAUAAUAAUACUGGGAAGAAUGAGCAGAAAAGUUCUGGACGCGUUCUUAUUUGA